AUGGAAAGCGAUAGUAUAAAAAUUAUUCAUGUUUCAACCACAGAAGAAAAAAAUGAAUGUCAUAAAAUAAGGGUUGAAAUAUUUGUUAAAGAACAACAUUGUAAUCCAGAAAACGAAUUAGAUGAAUAUGACGGAUCUCCUUCAUGCCAUCAUUUUCUAGCUCUAAAAUCAUCUCUUCCCAUUGGUACCAUUCGAAUACAUCCUUAUCCUUCUCCUGUCUCCACAACUGGUAAGAUAGGUAGAUUAUCAGUUUUGAAACCAUAUCGCAAUAUGGGAGUAGGUGAAUUACUUCUCCGAACCGUAGAGUCAUUUGCAAAAUCCGAAUUAGGGUUUAAGAAAUGUAUGUUACAUAGUCAAAUUGAUAAAAAAGAAUGGUAUGAAAAAAGAGGAUAUACAGCUUUUAAUGAAAUUUUUAUUGAAGAGGGAAUUGAACAUUGCAAGAUGACAAGUAAUUCUUGA